UCAUCCGUGGAGACGCCUUUUCUUUUCACUCUUAUCAUGUCCUUUGAAGACCACGAACAAGAUACUCCCUUUUUCGAUUACCACCAUUUAAAGGCUAUUCAAGACCACGACAGUCGAUACUUUGGUCAAACAGGUCUUAGUAAAAGUAAGUCUCCUCCAGGCUCUGUUCUUGGGGAAGAAGAUUUCAUGCAUUUACCUUCGGUUCCUUUGACUGCCGCUGUGAUUGAUACACCACCCAAUACGCUAAAAGACGAAGGCAUUACUGCUGAGUUGCGUGAGCUCUAUAAUACGUUUCAAACAUGCCUCAACUUACGUGAGAAAUACAUGACCAAAUCCAAACAACGAUUUGAAGAUAACCCCAAAAACCGCGACGAUUGGGAAAUCUAUCCUCCGCCUCCGCCUCCUUCUUGGCCACUACCUCCCGCUGAAGAACUUGCUAAGCGUAAACAAAAAGAGAAGAUAAGAAAAUCAGAUCCUGCAGCUGCUGUAGGUAUGGAUUUCGACAUGGCGCAUAUUCAACUACCCAAACCACAUGAGUAUAUAUUCGGAGUAGGUUCAGAUGGAUUUUAUCAUGUCUAUCGGUCUCAAGAAGACAAAGAGAACAGAGACCCAGCUUAUGAUAUCAUUGCCUGUAAAGACUUUUAUGAGGAUCUUGACACUGUCUUGACAGCCAUCAGUGAUGGACCUGCUAAAAGUUUUGCUUUUCGAAGACUGCGUUAUCUUGACUCGAAAUGGCAAAUGUACAUUCUCCUGAACGAAUUUCAAGAACUAUCUGAUUCUAAAUGUGUACCUCAUCGUGACUUUUACAACGUGCGUAAAGUAGAUACUCACGUUCAUCAUUCAAGCUGUAUGAAUCAAAAGCAUAUGCUUCGCUUUAUCAAGUCGAAAAUGAAGAAAUCCCCAGAUGAUGUAGUCAUUUACCGUGAUCAUGAUCAUCUCACACUUCAAGGUGUCUUUGACAGUUUGGGCUUAACCGCUUAUGAUCUCAGUAUUGAUACACUAGAUAUGCAUGCUCACAAAGACUCUUUUCAUCGAUUUGACAAGUUCAACUUGAAAUACAACCCUAUUGGUGAAAGUAGACUAAGAGAGAUCUUUAUGAAGACCGAUAAUUACAUUCAGGGUAGAUAUCUAGCUGAAAUCACACGCGAAGUCGUGUCUGACUUGGAGUCAAGCAAAUACCAAAUGGCAGAAUACCGUGUGUCUGUGUAUGGACGCUCCUUGGACGAAUGGGACAAGCUGGCUAAAUGGGUUGUCCAUAACAAACUGUUCUCGCCUAACGUCCGCUGGUUAGUGCAAGUCCCUCGCCUGUACAAUGUCUAUAAAGCGUCGGGUCAUGUUCAGCAUUUUGGCGACAUUAUUCGUAACUUGUUUGAACCUCUUUUUGAAGUCACACAAGAUCCCAACGCACAUCCUGAACUCUAUAUUUUCUUACAGCGUGUCGUAGGGUUUGAUUCCGUAGAUGACGAGUCCAAAAUAGAACGCAGCGGGUACCAUGAAUUACCUCUGCCCAAAGACUGGACUAGCACAGCCAAUCCGCCUUACAGCUACUACCUGUACUACCUUUACUCGAAUCUGGCCUCCCUCAACCACUGGCGACACGAACGUGGGUUCAAUACGUUUGUGCUAAGACCUCACUGUGGCGAAGCAGGUGAUACAGAUCAUUUGACUGCUGCCUUUUUGACAGCUCAAGGCAUUAGUCACGGCAUCCUACUUCGCAAAGUGCCUGCCUUACAAUACCUGUAUUACUUGGCUCAGAUUGGGAUUGCCAUGUCACCUCUUUCUAACAAUGCCUUGUUCCUGACGUAUGAACGUAACCCAUUGCCUGAGUUCUUUCAGCGUGGACUCAACAUCUCGCUCAGUACCGAUGAUCCUCUGCAGUUUCAUUUUACGCGUGAACCCUUGAUUGAAGAAUACAGCGUGGCUGCUCAGAUCUGGAAGUUUUCAUCGACCGACAUGUGUGAGUUAGCACGCAAUUCUGUCUUGCAGUGUGGCUGGGAAGACAAGAUCAAGCGCCAUUGGAUUGGUAAGACGUAUACGCAACCAGGGGUUCAGGGCAAUGAUAUGGGCAAGACCAAUGUACCAAACAUUCGUUUGACCUAUCGCUAUGAAACUCUGAUGGAAGAAUUGAAUGCCUUGCGUAAAUAUGCACCCAAAAGUCAAGGCGGACAAGAUCUCAAGGACAUGACAGCACAAGAUAAAGUGGGGGUUGCUGGAUUAGUGGAAGGACCCAAGUUACAACAACAUGUAAUUCAUCAACAAGACCAUCACGCUUGGGAUCAUCGUCGUGAUUCGUUCCCUGGGGUGGCUGUGGUUGCUGAACGUGCGCGUCAACGUCGUCUAAGUCAAUUGUCCAAUGUUUCUAAAGAGAAUUGAUUGACGUCAGCUUUUCCCCCUUCUUGUUCAAACUCCGUACGUUGAAUGAAUAAAGCAAGUGAAGCGGGGUAUAGGCUAUCCUCU